CCGAAACAUCGCAGUCAACCGUUCGUGAAGAGGAUCUUUGGAACGGAUGCCUUGCACACGCAGUCAUUGUGGAUCGAGCAAGUUCUCACCGACAUUUUUUGUCUCACGACAAACAGCUAGACACUCUGUUCAUACACAUAUUCAAUGCCCAUGGCGGCCAUCAAGCUCCAUUUUGUGAUGACAGCCCAACUUCUUCUGUCAAUUCGCGGUUGGGUGAUUGUGUCCAAAAGUGCGGCGCCCGAUGUGGGGCUGAUCCAGACUCAUGUCUUGGACCACGGAUCGCCUGGUUGUGUUGACAACGAUGCAGGUGCAGUCCAACUUGCAAAAGAUCAUGUGCGUGUGGAUGACGUCAGUGGUUGUUCGGAUGUCGGGCCGUAUUGUGCGGACACGAACCUGUCGAGCCAAGUUCAGGCAGUGUGCUGCGCCACCUGCAGCCAGGGGCCCGAACCAGAGCCUGACGUGGUGCAUUGUCAAGAGCAUUCUGAUUGCCAGGGUUCGCAAUUCUGCUACGAUGGUACGUGCGACAGCUGCAGUCAGUGCCAAUUCUGCUCCGAUGCUGCCUACGUCGACGAGUGUGGGCACUGCGGGACGGGGUUCCCCUUGCUCGAGACAAGUCCCUGCCAUUCCCAUGAAUACGUGGUCACCAAGGGGGCGCUUACGGUCACACACGCGUGGAAAAAUCUUUCUUCAGAUGAGCAGUUGCUCUUCCUCGAGAAAAAGUUUGGCGAGCUCGACAAGGAUCAGUCUUCGACCCUGGAUGUGGACGAGCUAGUGGGAACCCUAACCGGACAGGACCUUGCCGCCAUCGAAGCUGCCAACGGCACGCUCAACGCCCCCUUUGACAGCGUCUUGCUUCCCAGGGCUUCGGUACAAGAGUUUGUGGAUAAUCACAGCGCCCAUGGGAAUGCGUUCCUGACCCUCGACGAGUGGCUUGCCACGACUCCUCAGCCCGCUCAACGAGCUGCAUCCCAGAAGGCGUUGCGCGGGCCCUCGUGCACCUUCGAAAGCAUCUUCUCACUUCCCAGCACGUGCUCCGAAACACAGUGGGUAAACAAUUGCGGCAACGCUUGCAGUAACAGCUGCACCAGUUGCCCGAGGUUGGCGCAUACGAACUCGAGCACCGUUGCAAGAGUUUCCAGAGAUUCGGACUCCGUUGCGCGAACGUCCCAGGAGCUUGAGUUCUGGGGCGGGAGGCGUCGGCGUCGUUGGUGGAGCGUCGUUACGGAUGUGGUGGACACGGUCGUCGAUGUGGUUGUCUGCACUGUGAGCUGCGUCACCAAUUGCGUGUGGUCGUGUUUCACCGAGGCAGUGGAGUACGUAUACACGUGCGUGGUCGACACCGUGGUAAAUGUGCUCAUGAGCUUCGGUGAAUGUCUCUCGGCUGUGAUGAACGCCGUCAACGACGCGGUUGGUAACAUGUGCGGCUUCGAUCUCAUCCCCACAGGUUGUUCCGGCGUCUGGGAUUGCAUAUCGGAGGGGGCUAGCAAUGCUCUCUCAUUCUUCGAGUGCGGAUUCUCGAUACUUUUGGAUGUGCUCGAGAACAUGGUCAUGGCAAAUCUUCGCUGCCUGCCGAACAUCGCCGACGGCAUCAGGGCGGCCCUAUUUCCUCCCGAAGCGAUCAUUGCUACUACGGUUUUCGAGGCGUUGUGGGAUUUCGGCGAGAGGGUCGUAAACGGGAUCUACUCAGAAGCUGCGGCCGUGAGCAUCGACUUCUGUUGGAACUCAGCCCCCACUGCCGAAUUCACUGACUGUGGUGCCUUCGAUUUCGUCAGCAGUAUGACUAUUUGGGAUGUGCUUGACGUUUUCGGGAUGGCCCAGCGUUUCGCGGAUACCGUGGCGAAGUUCACUAAUUGCCUUACGAAGACAACAAGCCUCCCAGGGCUCAGUUUUGGCAUCCCCACUCCCUUCCUGAACGUUGACUGGACAGGAGGCUCGUGGUGUGCACCAAGUUUUGUCCAAACUGCGGCCAAAGGAGUCAUUGGAGUGUUCAGGUACAUAUCUUCAGGACGGAUGCUCGAUGACCUCAUCAUUGUAGGUGACAAUCUCCUCACCAAUCUUCAGACGAGGCUGGAAGCAGUGUUCUGUGACGAAGGCGACUUUACCAUCACAUUGGGCGUCGACCUCCAGUUCGGAUACGCAGUUCUUGGAAUCAAGGCUCAGGCUGGAUGCCUCAACGGAAGAUUCGCCGCCAAGAUUGUUGGUUUUGCCACGGGCAGAAUUUCCAUCUUCGGUGCGCCGUACAAGUGGGAGCCAUCUGCCUCUGCGUUCUUCAGUAUCGGUUGUACGGCGGGGCCCUCCAGCACGGAAUGGUCGUACUGGGAGUCGUCUCUGAACGGCAUCUUGGCGUUCGAUAUUUUCUCAGGGUCGGUUUCUUUGCCCCUCUAUCCACAGCCAAAGCUCGAGUUUGGCUACUCGUUCUCGCUGAAACUCUGGCCCCAACCAGCCCCUCCCCCUCGCCUGUCGGAGGGGGAGUUCAACAAGACAUCGCUGCUGCCGGCGCUGCGCCUCCUCUCUGGGGCUACGUCCGACCCCAGCUUCGGCGAAGACGUCAGGGGCAAGUUUCCAGACCCAAAGCCGAUCCUCGAGGGGGCCCGCAACGGCUCUCUCCAGAGGUCCAGCAUGAACAGGAGUGCCGGUGACCUCGCCGGCAGGAUCGCCAUCUCUGUCACGAAGAACUUUUGCUUCACUUGCGACGAUUUCGGAUCGGAGCCUGCCUGGGUCACGGGCCUCUCCAACAUGGCUCAGAAGUUCGUCUGCGCUGUGGGCCAGGCGAUGGCGGGAGCCUCCUGGGGUGCACUGAGCCUCGCAGAGUGCUUCGCCCGGGUGACGCAGUGGGAGGCGGCCGGGAACUACUGCGAGUACUUGUACUCCGACUCGCCGAACGAUGGCUCUGGCCGCCCAGGGACCACUUGCGCCUGUAUGCCGCCGAAUGCGAUGUCUUCCAGGGCUUGCUACGCAUCGGUUGGAACCAGGGCCAGCGAGGGGUCUGCGCAGUUCGUGACCUACCGGCAUCAGAGGCUGACUUGCGAGACUGGGAGCGGAGCGGCUUGCAAGACGUGUGUCACGCCGCAGGACCGAGUGGUGAGAGACCAGUGUGAGACCUGCAACGACGGGCACGUGUUGCUCGGCUACGUGUGCUCGCCCUACACUCCGUCGCCAACGCCCCAUCCGACUCAGUAUCCGACGCCAAGCCCGACCCCAUAUCCAACGCCAUAUCCAACGCCAUAUCCGACGCCAAACCCGACGCCAAGCCCGACGCCAUUGCCACCCGGCGCCACACAUUCUCCGACGCCAAGCCCGACGCCAGGCCCGACGUCGUUUCCGACGCCGUAUCCGACGAGAAACCCGACUUCGUAUCCGACGCCAAGCCCGACGCCGUAUCCGACGCCAGACCCGACACCCCAUCCGACGCCGGCUUUGGCGGGGGAUUCAUGGGUACAGUUGCUGGACAAUUUUGAAUACUACGGCGUCGCGAUGCCCUCAUAUGUUACACCUAUGGCCUACGGUUCGUUCACGCAGCUGCGAGCUACUUACGUAGGUGGACCUGGCAUCUGGUGCGAUACGAGGAGGUCGGGAGGAACCGUGUGGCAACAGUGCUGCUGUGGGUACUCCGGGUCAUUCGAGUUCAUGAAGAACGGAGGAUACCUCUUGUCACAAAACCAGUGGGGCACGUUGCCAUCCCAGUGUUCAGUGUCUGGGUACACAAUCACUUGCAACGUCAAUUUUGCUCUGUCGAGUGGCGAUACGAUCCUCGCUACUUGGAUGGAGCCUUCCCGGGGAGUGUCGCUUGGUGACAAUGGCGGCAGCAUCGUGGUGGACGUGUACGGGUAUGGAACGGUCUCGCAAGGUUGGUCUAAAAUUUACCAGAUCCAGGAUGGCGAUAGGGGGUCCUAUUCAUUCCCCUUGACGACCGGUGCUUACGGUAGCAUUUCCUCGGCGAUCGGUUCAAGUCAUGCAAAGUUGUCUGAUUCUGAGAUCAACUCCAUGGCGGUGGCGAGGGACGGCUACUCGCACGUUUAUCAAAUCAAGAGCUCGGAUUGCUCUUCGUACCUCUACAUCAAGUCGAACGACGCUUACGUUGACACAUCGGCAUCAUUCGGCCUUACCAAGGGCAAUACCUUGGUUGGCCUCGGGACCUCAUAUGGGGCAGUGUCGACAUGGGCCACUCUAAAAUCCACCAGCCACGGCAUCGACCUACUCUACACCAGCCCCAACCUCGGUGGAGAGUCGUGCUGCCGUUAUUUCUUCGGGCAUGGGUCGGUCGAUUGUUGGGGCGGCCCCUCGGGUUACCGCUGCGUCAACGGUGGGUCCGAUUGCUCUGGCUAUAAAAAGCUGGAAGAUGUCGCGUUCUACGUCUGGGCGGGCGGAGCGACGUACAGCCCCACGUCCUACCCGACCCCCCGCCCAACGCCCUUCCCGACGGCCUACCCGACGCCAGACCCGACGCCCCUCCCGACCCCAGUUCCGACGCCCUACCCGACGAAGCAUCCAACGCCAAACCCGACGCAUGUCCCGACUCCAAGCCCGACGCUGCGCCCGACGCCGUUUCCGACGCCAAGCCCGACGGCGAGCCCGACGCCGAGCCCGACGCCGAGCCCGACGGCGAGCCCGACGGCGAGCCCGACGGAAACCCCGACUGCAUUCCCAACGCCAAGUCCGACGCCAAACCCGACGUCAUUCCCGACGCCGAUCCCCACGUCCGCGCCCACCUACCCCCCGCUUGGGGAUCUGGCGUCAUCGGGCACUUGCAGCUGCUCCAGUCCCCCCUGCGGCUGCAACUGCUGGGAUUGCACAGAAGAGCGUAAAGCUGCUGGAUGCUGCAGCUGCGGGAGUGCUUCGAGUUGCGGUUAUGCAGACGUGGUUUCUUCCGUGUGCGACGGUUGCAAUGGUUGCUGGCGCAAUGGCAAGUGCGGUUGCAGCACAGAUUCGGCCACUUGGCCCUACUAUGAGGCAUUCGAUCUCACGUGCUCGAGUGAUCGAGGCAGCUACCUGUCCUACCACUACGUGUCACCGACGCCGGCUCCAACGCCAAGCCCGACGCCAAGCCCGACCCCGCUGCCACCUGGCGUCACACUGUCUCCGACCCCGAGCCCGACGUCAAGUCCGACGCUAAGCCCGACGCCAAGCCCGACGCUCUCAGAGGCGCAGAAAACUUGCGGGUGCCCCAGCCCACCUUGUGGUUGCAAUUGCUGGGAUUGCACAGAAGCGCGCAAAGCUGCUGGAUGCUGCAGCUGUGAGGAUGGUUGUGGCUUCUUCGAUCUCGCAGGUUCUAAGUGCGACGGAUGCAAUGGUUGCUGGCACGGGGGCCUUUGCGGUUGCAGCACAGAGCCGUCGACCUGGCUCUACUACAGGGCAUUCGGUCUGACGUGCUCGAAUGAGACAGGCAGUUACUUGUCCAAUUACGCACAGAUCGCUGGCGAGUACACCACGGAGGAAACUCUUCCAGAUAGCGUGACUUCGGAGGACCUCAUGAGUUCCACUACCUAUGUGGCCGCUAAGAGGACGGGUCUGGCUAACGCUCUGAACGUGACUGUUUCCGCAGUUGAAAUCACGGGCUUCGUCAUCACGAGCCAUUCCGAUCGGAUCUCUAUUGUCCGCCAGCUCUCGCAGGACUCACACGUCACUGUGACGACGAAGUUCACUGUGCAAAUCGCUGGCAGCAGCAGUGCCGAAUCUCUCACCACCGCGAUUGCUGGAAUGUCUGCCGCCGUUGAGGCCGAGACGAACAUGGCAAUGGCUGCUUCUGACUGGAGUGGUGAACCGGUCAUUACCGUGGCCCCUACUCUGACGGCUCCCUCCGUCGGCGCCGCGGGUUCGACUGCGGGAGUCACCAGUGCUCCCACGCCGGUUCCGGUGAUUAUUGGGGCCAGCAUGGGCGCAGUCGCGGGCACCGGCGAUCCCCAUUUGCAGAACAUCCUCGGCGAGCGUUUCGACCUCAUGCAGGCGGGCAGGCACGUCUUGGUCCAAAUUCCGAGGGGCGCGCGCACCGAGGGCACCCUGCUGCGCGUCGAGGCGGAGGCGUCAAGGCUCGGCGAGCUGUGCGCGGACAUGUACUUCCAGGAGCUGAACCUUACGGGGAAGUGGGCGGAGGCAAAGCAGACUGGCGGUCUCCGGUACCGCGCAGCAGAGGCCGUCAACGAGGAUCCCAAGUGGGUGCAGUUUGGGAGGGUGGAACUCAAAGUCGCUCACGGACUUACGCUGAAGGGGAUCCGCUACCUCAACGUUUACGCGAAGCACUUGAGCCGCGCUGGGUUCUCCGUCGGAGGCUUGCUGGGUGAAGACGAUCACAGCAAGGAAGCGACCAAUCCCCAGAACUGUGAGCGUCGUCAGAUGAGUCUUCUGGUGAGUGACGGCCAGGGCACGCCCGCUGUCUCCAGCAUGGAGCCUAGCUGGGCCAGCCUAGCGUAAAGACACGUUUCUGGUCCAUGUUGAUCCCCCUCCCGGGCUUUGCGCAUGGUUGGUUUCGCCAGAUCGCUCGUCACCCUUCUCCUCCUUGUGUCCUCGUGUGCGGACCAGAUUAGGCACGGCACAUCAUUUAGCCGCUUGAGGGCCACCGGCGGGCCGGAGGCCGCUUCAUAAUGCACUCGGUGCUGCCGCUUGCUCACGGGCGUGCCAACUUUUGGACCGAUUUCGUCUUCUCCCGCAGCUGGGGCCGAAGACCGCUUCAUAUAUUCCACCCGGCAUUGUCCACUGCGUACGGGCGUGCCAUGUGGCCAGUCUUUUGUGUUCCGACUUCGUCGUGUUCCCCGGCUAUGGCCGUGGGUUCAUCAGCACGUGCCGCUCGUUAGUACACGCGUUCGGUUGCGAGGCUGAUCAUUAGACCAUUUCCGCUUGCGGUCAGAUCGACAGCUUGCAUCCAUCUUUUCCAGGCGCUCUGUUUCCCCACUCUUCGCUGCUCACAUCCAUAGUUUCCUCGGGGCGGGUGG